AUGAUCUUCCCUCCCACCUUCCUAGAUUCAUCAAAUUGCUGGAACACCAACCACAACCAACCUCAGUUGCAGGAAAUCGGCAAUAACACUCAUAUCACCACUAUUCCCUCACCUGCUGGUCCUGAUGAUGGAGGAGGCAACAACAGCAAUGAGGGUGGGUUAAUGGCCACGGCCGGGGCCGGACGGGGAGAUCAUGGCGGUGUCGGUGCUGAGUAUGGCCAUGGAGGCAGCCGGAAUAGCAAGCCGAUGUCCAUGUCGGAUCGGGCACGAUUGGCGCGGGUGCCGCGGCCGGUGCCGGGGCUCAAUUGCCCACGCUGCGACUCCAUCAACACGAAGUUUUGCUACUUCAACAACUACUCCUUCACCCAGCCUCGGCACUUCUGUCGCGCCUGCCGCCGCUACUGGACCCGCGGCGGCGCGCUCCCAAACGUGCCCGUCGGCAGCGUGUACCGCCGCCACGCCAAGUGCAGGGACAAGCGCAAGACGACGUCGGCCGCCUCCGAAGCAGCUGCGACAGGGACGUCGUCCACGACAUCGAUGACGUCCAGCAGUACAUCUUGCGCCAUCGGCACCGGCACUGCGGCGCCCGGCCUGCAGGCCUCCAUGUUCCGCAGAGGGUUCGCCGACAGCUUCGACCCGGCGAGCCUCGGCCUCAGCUUCCCCGCCGGGCUGUUGUUCGCCGACAGCGGUGCCUACGCGGCGGACGGCUGCGUGCAGCAGCACCACGACCAGGCCCAUGGGAACCGGAUGGAGCAGUGGGCGGCGGCGCAGAUUGACAGCUUCCCAUUCAUGCACGCCAUGGAUAAUCAGAUGUCCGGUCCGCCAACUGAGGCAAUGCCCAUCACAAUGGCGGCGAUGCGGGGCAUGUUCCACUUCCACCUCGGGCCACGGAGCGGUGGCGGGGGCAAUGGCGAUGAUGGAAAUGGCGCUUCACUUCCUUAG